AUUUUUAUCAGUUGAAGAUGGGCGUUCCGCCUUAUGGCAUUUUGUCCCUGAGCGGGAGUAGGGAUGGGGGUUUGUUUACUCCCUACUCCCAAUCGUAUAAAAAUUUCAAGCAGGAGUUUUUCCGGGUCGCCCUCAUGGGUGUUGACCCUUUGGAAGAUGAGGUGUUUUACUUCGUCGGUUUGCCGAGGUUUCCGUUCUAUUGGCGUCCCAAACCGUCUAGGUUUCACGACUUGGGAGAUCAGAAGGUGACGGCCACGGAGGCGGCCGCCAUUAAGAAUCUUGCGGCGCUCCCUCGUCCGCUGGAUUGCAAGCUCGUUCUGUCGCUUGCAAAUUCGCCUUAUAGGGAGAGGGGCCUAGAGAGCAUUAUGGGGAAAAACUUGUGGCGUGAGCUUAAGCACCGCUACAACAUUACCGAGCUCGAGGUUCCUAAGCCUCCGGAGGAAGAUGUUGCCCCCUUGAAGGCUAGUCGGAAGAGAAAGAGGCCGAGGGAACCUCAGUCCCUCCAGGAGCCGAGGAGGUGAUCUCCAAGGCCGCUGAUGCUGAUGCGGUGGAUCUCACUGAGAGUCCACCACCCCAGGUGGCUUCUGAGGAGGUGGCUCAGAUUGCUGAGCCUACUGGGCAGGUCGUCGAGGUGGAGGCCCAGACUGCCGGGCAGGCUGCCCGAGUUGCCGAGGUGGUGAGUAUCGUCUUUCUCGGACUUUCCCUUUGCCUUUUGUUAUGUUGUCUGGAUGUCCGAUCUGGGUGAUUUUUUGCAGGCAGGAAAUACCGCUGAACCUGAGGUGCAGGCUGCUGA